CAACGAUUUUGAAUAUUGUCAUGCAUCACCCUUACAAGUAUCAAAUAUACCGCUUAACCAUACAAUUCAUACUGAACAUACAACAAUUUAUUUCGAAAAAUCUUAGACGGGACAAUGGCGAGAAGUUCUUUUCAUCUAUCGCUAUGCCUGGUUGCCAUUAUUGCCUGCCUUUCACCGGAGAGUGCUCGCGCAGGUCUAAGUGCAACUGCUGAGAAGAAUUCAAAUCAACUCUAUCACGAACGGAAGGAAUCUUCAAACGUCGAGAAAAACUUCAACCAGCUACCAUCAAUUGAAAACGAAGUGGAAUCGCUGUUCGACGAAGUUUCUUUCUAUUCUGCAUUUCAACCUUCACCUUUGGUUGACCAAACCGAACAUAACAACGAGAUCGAGGACGUGUUUCGGCGGGCACUGCAGUUUCAACCUACUGUGAAUGCACCAACUUUUCAGGGAGCACAGGGCACGCGAAAUAGAGGCACCUCAUUCUUGGGUGGUCACCUUCAAGAAGUGGGCGUCUUCGGAGGUGUUGGUGCUCGCAGGGGAGGCGUUCGAGGCAGCGGAGGACAACCGCCACUUCAAGUACAGGACCAGGUGAGACUUAAUGGACAUGGCCCAAUUCCAAAAACAGGCAAACAAAAAGUUAGCAGUCUCAAAAUGGCUAAGUCCACUAAGAGUAUCAAGUUUGCGAAAGACAAACACAAACAAUUCAAGAAAGACAAACGAUACAAAGGUAAGCUCGAGAAAAAAUGCUGUGGCUUUGCGAACACAAUAAUGUAUACACCAUGGAUUUAUAUACUUUUGCAGAUCUCAUUCGGUUUAAAAUGUUUGCUGUUUCGUUAAUAACAAUUUUAGGGGAGAAGAGAGAUAUCGAUCACAAAUUGACCAAGAGUGGAAAGAAAGACGAAAAAUUUAGCUACGACCCCUACGAUGCAGACGAUGACAAUUUCCCUCUGCACGACGAUUGGACUUUUGACUCUUGGUCAUGGGAAUGGGUGGAAGAAGAUGAUUAUGAACAUCACGACGCUAGUGCACAAUUCAAAAUGCCUGAUUCUUCAACGCAACAAAGUAGUGGCUUUGGUGGUGCCCUAGGUGGCAUGAGGGGGUGGCAAGCCGGUACGAUCAAUAGUGAUAUAUCAGAAACCAUGAUGGGACGAAUGGAUUUGGGUGGAUUUUCAUCUAUUAGUAAUUGGAAGCCGGCCAGUGAAGCAAUCGGUGCCAUACCCCAACAGACAAACCACAUGCUACAUCAGACGGACGAAGCUAGCCAAUCAAAUGGUGUCACAACUGCACAAACUAAUCAUUAUGGGCAGGUAACCCAGAUGGGCGGAGUUAGUAGUCACACUGGUGUCACAACCGCGCACGCUAAUCAUAACAGUCAACCAUCAGUCCAGACUGGUGAAGCUAGUCAAUCAAUCCAAGCCACGACCUCACAGUCCAAUCAUAAUUCGCAACCAGCCCAGACCGUUGGAUCUAGUCAGUCAAUAGGUGCCACAACCGCACAGUACGAUUAUAAUUCCCAACCUACCCAGACCGGUGGAGCUAGUCAGUCGAAAGGCGCUACAACCGCACCAUACAAUCAUGUGACCAAAAGCAAUCAACUGAACUUCCCUACUAUUCAACACAUGGUAUUUUCUGGUCCAAUCCAUCUCAAGGCUCAUUCACCAGUUGAUGUGAGUACUAUGGACCCCGAAAUAUUUGCUAUCUUGCAAUCAAUUUUGACGCCAUAUUUACAAGAAACAAUGGGACCUACCCUUCACGCCUAUACAUUGGAAGUGAACUACAGUCCCGGUCAUGGCAAAAAUGUCGGCAAAGAUGUAGUGGAAACUUUGAUAGAGGUCAAUUGUGCCUUCAAGGUCAUUAGCGACUCUGUUGAGUCUUUCAAGAGUAUCAACCACGUGCAGGCAUCUCGAUGGAUUCACGAUUUUUUUGCGGGACCAGAAAUCUACAAACUCCUUGAAGCACUUCGAACCGAUAAUAUUCCUGUCAACGACAUUACUUUCGUAGAUCAAGCAUUCCAGGUCAGCGCCACAGUCGCAGAAGCCAACAGCCAGAUGGCGUCGGGAAGAUAUCCUGUGUCCAAAAACAACGAGAAGUCUUCCAAUGGGGCUUUCAUUGGAAUCACCCUCAGCGUAGUGAUCGUUGGAAUGAUCUUCUUUUUGCAUCACACGGGUCGGCUCCCAUCAAAGGCCCAAGUCGGUGCUUUCAGUCUUACAGCACGGGAUUCCGUGGCAAAACACGGUGCCACAGCUCGUCACUCCAUCGCAAAACAUAGCAAGUCGGCCCGAAAGUCUAUCGCAAAAUGUAUCCCAUCCUCUAUGAAAAGGAAAGAAUCUAGAUUAGGAAAGUAUACUGACGACGAGGUUGAAGGAGGGCGAAGGAGAACCUACUCGGGAACGUUUAGAAGACACCCGCCUGGUGGGCUUCAGAAAGCUGCCUUGCAAAAGAAACCAGCGCGAUCCGAAGAAUAUCUGGGAGAAAGCGCUAGCACCUCCUCUUCGUCGGCUGGGGGAGCUGCAAGGUCGUGUAGAAAAUCUUCUUCCUUUACCGACAUGCUCGAACAGGAUGAUUAUUCCUUCAGUAAUUUUGAAGGAGAUUACGAGCCGUCAAUUUGUGCCCCAUCGACUCCGAGCCGUAGAACAUACAACGGUGACGAAGCCAGCAUGACGGAUACCUUAGGAUAUGAUUCUUCCGCCCAUAGUCGAUCCCUUUUAGACAAAGUGAGCAACACUGUUUCUCAAGCAGCAUCCCUUUUGAGUCCAGGUAACAGUAGCUACAAACAACAAGAUGCUUCGAGGAGUCCCAUUCCUUCUUCGGCCCCAAGACGGGUUACUGCAGCUGACAUUGCCUCUCCUAAUGAUGUAGACAAUUGGUCCAUUCAGAGCUACCAAACCAAAACCCCCUCUCGCAGAUCCCCGUCUAAUCAUCCAUUAUACAGAGGAUGGAACGAUUCCGGCCCUGAAUUGAGGAUGCAGAAGUCUGAGAUUAACGAUUCCGAAGAAUCUCCUGGUCGCAAAAGAUUGAACAUCCCCCGUUUUACUUAAUGGGAGAACAAGAUUCAUGAAACGGCAAUCCAAAGACUCAAGGUCGAACCAUAGUACUCGUGCAGUUGCUUCACAGUAACGAACAAUCCGAAAGAUGUAAUAAUAAGUUAACUGUUUUCAC